AUGGGGAACCUAAUAAAUCUGCAUCAUCUCAAUAAUUCUAAUGCAUAUUCACUAAGGGAAAUGCCUCUCAGAAUUGGUAACGCAACUGGUCUCAUUACACUGCGAAACUUUGUUGUAGGCAAAGGUAGUGGGUCUAUAUUAGGAGAGUUGAAGUCCUUGAAACACAUCAGGGAGAGGCUUUGUAUUUCUGGACUGGAGAAUGUGCAUGUUCUGGAUGCCAAGAAAGCUGAUUUAAAUGGCAAGAGCGGCCUUAAUGUGAUAGUUCUAGAAUGGAGUAGCAGUGCUGGUGAUUCAAGAGAGGAAAGAAAUGAAACACGGGUGCUUGACUUGUUACGACCUCAUCAAGGUUUGAAAGAGCUCGUUAUCAGUGGCUAUGGGGGUACAAGUUUUCCGAUUUGGUUAGGAGAUUCCUCUUUCUCGACUUUAGUACGUCUCACAUUGGAAAAUUGUAGCAAGUCUACUGAUUUGCCAUCAGUCGGGCAACUGCCCUUGCUCAAGUACCUCGCUGUUAGCGGAAUGAAAGGAGUAAGAAUUGUUGGUUCAGAAUUUUAUGGUUGUUCCGAUCCUUUUCCAUCUUUGGAGACUCUUUAUUUUGUGAGUAUGGAAGAAUGGGAGGAAUGGAUUCCUCAUGGAUACGAUCAAGAAGCUCGAGGGUUUCCUCACUUGCGAGAACUUUCUAUCAUAAGAUGUUCUAAGCUGGUAGGAAGAUUGCCAGAAAGUCUUCCUUUACUAGAAAGGCUUGUCAUUAGAAGUUGUGAGCAAUUGCUGAUUUCAGUCCGAAGUCUUCCAUCACUCUGCAAAUUAGAAGUUGAAGGAUGUAAACAGGUGGUGCAGAGAAGUACAAUUGACCACAGCCCACUAAACCCUGCGGUUCCGACAGAGAGGUUUACAAAUGGGUUAUCAAAAGUAGAAGAGCUGAAGAUGGUAGGAUGUAAAGAUCUGACAUCUUUGUGGCAGAGUAGAACUGUAUUUCUUCAGGAUAAUGCCUCUCUUUGCCGAUUGGUGAUUGAGGAUUGUCCCCAGCUUUGUUCCUUGGUGGCAGAGGAAGAAGAAGAGCAACAACAGCAGGGAUUGCCUUGCAAACUUCAAUAUCUAAAAUUGUCUAGAUGUGAAUACUUUGUAAAGCUACCGCAAGCAAUUCUCAGCCUUAGUUCUCUUACAGAGAUACAUAUCAAGGACUGCCCUAUACUUGUUUCGUUUCCUGAGACUGGUUUGCCACCUCAGCUGAGAGUUGUUGAAAUUUCGGAAUGCUAUGCACUUAAAUCCUUACCAGAGGCAUGGAUGUACAACAGCAAUACAUCUCUUGAAACUAUCUUCACAUUUAAAGCGGCUAAGAGUCAAUAA